GCUCCUUUAACAGGUGUACUUUGGCUAAUCUUAAAGUUCGUGUUUCUUCUCAUAUGGAAAAUGGCAGUUGUUUGCCAAGCACCAGACGCUAGUUCUCAAAGGAAUGUGUUAUCAAAGAAUACCCUUGAAGUACCCACUCGCGCUACGGGGGAAAUACUAGGAGUACAAUUUAGCCCUAGUGGUCGCACGAUAGCAUGUUGUUCUGCGGAUAAAACUAUACGACUCAAUUCUGUGUACGGAAAUAAUGAACUUCUUCUUGUUCUUAAAGGCCAUAAGGGAGCCGUACUGCAAUGUAGAUGGGCAGCUGAAGGAGAUCGAAUUUUUUCUUGUAGCGUUGAUUGUGAUGCAUCCGUGUGGGAUUUAACGACAGGGUGUCGAAUUAAAAGAUUAUCUGGCCAUGAAGAAAUUGUGAAUACUUGUGCUGCAGCUAAACGUGAUCAUCCUAACUUAUUAGUAACUGGGAGUGAUGAUGGGAAUACUAUGUUAUGGGAUUUGCGAAUUAAUCAAUCGGCUGUAACUUUUCCCGGACGUUACCAAGUUCUUUCAGUUGCUUACGAUGAAGGCGGAUAUCGCGUCUUUUCUGGUUCUCUUGAUAAUCAAAUACGGAUCUUUGAUGUACGAUCCGUAGUGACGUCUCCCAUCAAUGGAACAAAAGAUGAAACUCUUCCGGCACAAUUAUUUUCAUUAAAAGGCCAUGUUAAUGCUAUAACAGGAAUUGCUCUUUCAGAUAAAAAUGAGUAUCUUGUUUCGAAUGCAAUGGAUCAAACGGUUCGUUUGUGGGAUGUUCGACCUUUUUGUUCACAAGGCGAGGAUAACCGCUGCUUAGCAAUCACCAAAGGCCCAACACACAACUUCGAGCAAGUUUUACAACGUGUCAAUUGGCAUCCGCAAAAUUUGACUGUCGGAGUUGGAUCUGCCGAUCGAACGUCAUAUAUAAUUUCCUUUGAAGGUGUGGAGAGUCGAACACAAGAGCCACAGUUACUUUAUCGCUUACCUGGUCAUACGGGAACCGUUACGGAGGUCGAUUUUCAUCCCCAUGAUAACCUUAUUGUUACUGCUAGUAUUGAUCGAUCUGUUCUUUUGAAAAAGCUUAGUUAAUUACAAUACAAAACCGCCUUGUAACACGUUUUCCGUGUGAUCUAACUAUUCUUGACUACAACAUCACACGGAUGAACACGUUUUCCAUUUGUACAAUUUGUAAAUUAAAACUUAUAAAAGUAUCUUUUACUUAAUUUAAAUUUUUGUUUAAAAACGCG